UACUAUAUAAGUGUGCCUCACUCUUGGAUACGACGUCGCAGAGCGACAGAUAGGAAGAGCCUAGUUGCAUACCCCGAUGAACCUCCAUCGAUAACUAAAAUGCGAAUUAUGAAUGGCGAUGAACCUUCGAAAGAAUGGAAACUCUACAUGGCAAUCAUAAAACUUGAAUCACGUGAGUAUUUUUUUAAAUGUCCAAUCUUCAAUACAUUGACUCGUGAAUAAUUACCAUACUUAACUAUGACGUAGUCAGCAACUAGUUAAAAACCUGAAUAAAUAAUGAAGUCGUAUUUCUUUUAGAUUCAUAUGAGAAUGCUUGUGAGUUCAUAAUGGAGAAAAUCCAUAAUGCUUCUAAGAAAAAAUGUUCGGACGUGAUGAGAAUCGGUGAGUAUCUGUAUUGUUGGGAGCUAUGUGAAUUUACUUUGAUGAUUAUUAUCGCUAAUGAUAGUUGAACUAUUUUUUUAAUUAUUUUAGAUUAUCGGUUUUGCCAGCUACAAAAAAACGAUACAGUCCGCCACUGAAAACAAUAAAGCUGCCAGACCCUCAAUCGAAAAAAAAAUAGAAAUAAACUGAAAGUAGUAGAUAAACCAAAACUGAGAAAUAUGAUUUCAAAUUCCAGGAAGUUUUCUGAAUAUUUCAACGUCAAAUCAAGAACAUUAACGUCAUUAGAACUGCAAGGCUUUGUUUCUCCUGAAAAAGUUGUGAUGAAGAAACCUUAUGUAAUAGAACACGAAGAUCAAGCUUCUGGUGAUGUUCGGUCAAGUUCCGACGAUUUAUUUUUCAGAUAUCCCUAUCUUGAGCAAAUAUCGGAAAAGGAUAACGGAACCCAAGUUAAUAGUCCAGGGGCCAGCUCUCGAAGCACGGGUAAAACUUUUUUUGCUUCAGAGGAUCCUCUUACGUUUGUAAACCAAAUCUGUGAUUAUUCUCAGAAACCAGAAGAAAACCAACUAUUGUCAAUUUAUCGUAAACAUUUACAUUACCUUGCAUUGACUCGAGGAAUACAAAAUAAAAAGAUUCUAAAUCUACGAACCUUUACUCUUGAUUUUCCAGAACCUCUGAUGCAAGACCCAUAUAUCGGAUCAAAUACCUCGUUUGUUAUUUGAAACCCUACUAACAUAGCUAACCAGUUCAGUCAACUAGAGAUUUCAGAGUCAUCGCCAGUUAUUCAAGAGCAUCCACAAUUUUUGCCGAAACAGAAGACACCUGACCGUUCCUCAGAAGUGGAGUAUGCUACUUCCGAACCUACCACCCAUAGUAAAAUGACAAGUGCUUCACAUGCAUCGAUUGCCUGUACAAAUUCAGCAGAGCAUCAGGAUUCCAUUGUAGAAGACAUGGUCGUUGAUGAUUUGACUGAGGCGAGCUGUAUUGAACAAAAUGUCUUCUCUGGAACUAGAGCAGAGAAUGAAUCCUCUGCUAAUCCAAAAGCUCUGGAAGUGGCAAAUCAUUCAGGGCAGACCAUAGAGAGUUCUAUGGAGAAAGGAUCGCCGAUAGUUGAAGCAGUUACGUCGAGUGGAAUAUUGUCGACACAAGAUGUUGGUAGUGAUGAACAAAGUAUCUCUUCAGAUCUAAAUUCGGACGCAAUAAUUACUACUAGUCCAAACUCUAAUGAACAGGCAAAGCAAUCAGUUAUUUCUGAAUUGAACCAGGCAGAUGUCUGGUUGGAUCAAGUAUUUGAUAUUUUUCAAAAAAUGAAAAUCAACUUCUCGGAAACCUGCCAGAUCGCUUAUGAAUUGCACGAAUCAUUACUUGAGUCCCAGAAAGUGAUCGAUUGUAUGGCGAAUGUAUCAGAAAAUUUGCGAGCAUUGAAGAAGGGCAAAUUCGCUGUAGUGACGUCUAAAGAGGUUACGGCGGAGGUCCAACAAAUAGCUGAAGAAAAUCAAGGUAAGAGGAAAGAUGAAGAAAACCCUGACGUCAGUAUGGAGGAAGACGAAGAGGAAGAUAAUGAUGUGAACUCUAAAAGUAGCGAAAAUUAUGAUGAUUGUGGUGGAGAUAAAGAUGUGAAAGGUCAGGAUAGAGAUAAUAAGGUUUCAAAAACGACUCGUGGCCACAUUUGAACCUUUGUAUUACCUCUGGAAUACGAUCCACAUGACACCAGAUGAACACUGAAGUACCAUGAGAAUGAUCCGAAACUUAACCUGGUUGAACUUGUUCCUAGAAGCAGUGUGUUUAUUAACUCUCUGAAACUAGCGCAUUGCAAGCUAGCUGCUAAAGAAAGUAAAGAGUUAGCUCGAAUGUUAUUAGUAGAAAUUUUUUCCCAGAGUGCGUUAAAUGUUUGUUCAUUAACGAGUGUCAGAGCGAACGCUUUCGAUAUAAGCGGCACAAAUGUCAGACCUGGGUUAGACGAGAAGGCGAGAAUAACUAUAUUAUCGUUCGUUAAAGAACAUGCUCUUGAAAAAAAUUGGAGUCCGUUCGACUCGCAGAGUGUCAUUAAUAGCUUACGCAGCAAAAUUCAGGAUGUAAGAGCAAAACAUGCUACAACAGCGUGAA